AUGGUGAGCACGCCGGUUGCUGGCCAUGUAAAGUGGGAGCCUGAUGCCUCUGGCCGCCCCAAAAAGGUUCUACCGUCAGAAAGCCCUGCCCCCACUUCGGAUGAUGCAACGGCGAAUGAAACUAAUGCUGAGCCUUCUGCAAAGCAAGCCAAGUCCUCGUCUGGUGGGGAAUAUGACCCUGCAGAAGCAGAAAAGGCCUUAGCUUGGAAGAAGGAGAAAAGAAGAAAGCAGAACAGAGAAGCCCAGCGCAGACGAAGGGACAGGCUCAUGAACCAGCACAAACAAAAGCAGGCAGAGAUGGAAGCUUCCAGCAACACCCAGCAAGUGCCUGUACAGCCUUCUAACAAUCCUGCAGGUCAGCCAUUUGGUGGGAACAUGAUGUCCAUGGGAUUUCAGAUGCCCCAGAACGGAAUGCAGGUUGCCCAGCCCAACAUGGAUCAGAACGAACAAUUCGGCAUGAAUAUGAACCAAAUGAAUAUGCGGUAUAACAACUUUGCAAAUCCAGCAUUGCAGCAAUCAUCCAUCAUUGGUGGAACACAAAUGAACCCGCUCCAGAGGCAAAACUCUUUCGGUGCGCCGCCGCAGCUGAUUUCUCAGAAUUCUUUUCAAGAUUGGAACUCGGCGAAUGUUGGGCUCAUGCAGAACUACACAAUGCAGAGAAGAGAUUCUUUCAGUGGAGUUCCACAAGGAAUGCCGAACUUCUCGGCUGGGAUGCCUCAACAGGGUUUCAACACCAACGACCAAUCCCAAAAUCAGCCUAACCCGAACUUGGGUGAUAUGCGGCCCCAAGGUUCUUUCAGUGACAAGAAUUGGAAUCUCGGGUUUGCUCCCUUGCUGGGUCAAAACUCCUUCUCCAUGGGUAACGAUGUAAACCCCUUGUUCAAGCAGGGCUCCUUCGCCCCGCCAGACUUUGGAGUCCUUUUGCGUCAGGACUCUGAGAAGAUUGCUGCCGGCAAUCUGACCAAGCAGCUAUCCUUUGGGAAUAUUAAGGGGGGACUGGAUCCUUCAGUCUUCGGGCAGGAUCCACUAAUGCAGCCAAACACAAACAAUUCGUCGCUAUUUAAACAAGACUCUUUCAGUUUCGGAGGAGGCAAUACACAGGUCAACAAUUUGCAAGCUCAGAUGUUCAGGCAGGAUUCGUUUUCCAGAUUACCACGACAAGAUUCGUUCAAUCUCGGAGGGGCGGUUGCACCUGGGUUGUUUCGUCAGGAUUCUCUCGGUAAAUUGCCCGGAUUAGGGGGGGAUGCACCACCCCUGUUCCGGCAGGACACCCUGGGCAGUGUGUCUGGACUAGCGACAAACCCCUUGGUAAGACAAGAUUCGGCCUCAAGGCUGGGUAUGAUGAACAUGGGAAUGGGAAUGGGAAUGGGAAUGGGAAUGGGAAUGGGAAUGGGAGCUCAACAGGGGAUGAUGCAGGGAGGUAUGAAUCGGAAUUUUAUGGCUGGCAACCUUGCGCAGAGUGGCAUUGCUGGAAUGCCAGGGGCACAGUCGCAGCUCCAACAAGCUCAGCUUCCCAUGCAACAAAACGUCCCUCAGCCUCAGCAACAAAUGCAACAGCCUCCUCCUCCUCCUCAGCAGCAGCAGCAGCCUGCACAGUCCCAACAGCAGCAGCAACAGCCUGGACAGCAACCGCUUCAGGGCACUCAAAACUUCGGAGCGCCCAAAGUUGACGAGAAUUGGAAUGCUUCCCAGCCAGGGAACUCACAGCCGAUGGGUAAUCUUCCUCAGACAUCAUCGGCUCCAACAGAGUCUCGUUCGAGCAACGACUCGCAAUAG